AUGAGGGCCAAACGUUCAAAGAAGUAUCGCAAGCUUAUGCACCAGUAUGAGCUGACCUUCGGUUUCCGAGAGGCCUACCAGGUUCUGGUUGACUCGAAUUUCCUUCGCGCGACUGACCAAUUCAAAAUGGAGCUGAUUCCUGCCCUCGAGCGCACAGUUCAAGGCAAGGUCAAGCCUCUAUUGACCAAGUGCUCACUCGCCGCGAUCAUGGCCGCGCAACCCAUCAACCCCAAAACCGAAAAGCCAUACCGACCUCUCUUUCUCCCCCCUCCCACAGAACUUCCUCUCCGCCACUGCUCGCACAACGCAGACUCAACACCAAUCGAUGAGAUCGAGUGUCUGCUCUCACUUCUUUCCCCCGGUUCAGACGUGAAGAAAAACAAAGAGCACUACAUCCUCGCUACAGCGGAGCCAAUCCUCCGCAAGACAAACCCCAACGAACCAAAGCGGAAAUGGAAGACCGAGGAUGACCGCAAGGAAGAGGAAGCCAUGCGCCGAUCGAAGCUUCUGCGCUCAUCAGCCCGCUCCAUCCCCGGUGUCCCAAUCAUCUACGUCAAGCGCUCAGUCAUGGUUCUCGAGCCGCUGAGCAACCCAUCUGAGAUGGUGCGGGAUGGUCACGAGCGCGGCAAAUUCCGCGCCGGCCUAGACGUGGAAGAAUCACUCGGGAAGCGGAAGCGUGAUGGCGAGGGAGAUGAUGAGGAUGUAUCCGAUGAAGAGCCGAAGAAGAAGCGCACACCUAAGGUGAAGGGGCCCAAUCCCCUCAGUGUGAAGAAGGCUAAGAAGCGUUCUGAUGCACCGGCGCCUAAAAAGAAGGAGGUCGUUGCAGAGGCUGAGGGUGAUGAUGCUGCGCCUAAGCCUAAGCGCAAGCGCCGUCACAAUAAGGGUGUUCAUUGGGAGAUUGAGGAUGCUGCUGAGGCGCAACCUGCGGACGCGGAUGUUGAAGCUUGA